AUGCUGAAGAGCUCCAUCGUGUUGCUGCGUCGCGGCAAGCCGCGUCCGCGCGCCGGCAUGUUCCCGGAGAAGUAUCGCCGUGUGCCGGCGCUGCUGAAGCCGCAGCAGGGUGGCCAGCAGUACUUCAACGAGUUUCUGAUCCGCUCUGCCAACGACGCGCUAGAGGCGCAGCAGCACGGGCACGGCUCGGCCUUCCGCGCCGGCGGCUCUGGUGCGGCUCGCACACUUGCCGAUGCGAAGGCGAACGCCGCGGACGCCAUCAAUCUUGGCGAAGCCAGCAGCGUGCAUCCUCGCCUACCGCAGGCGGACAUGGAUGGAGUGCGGCAGCGCAGCCGUGCCGAGGCGAUCCAGGAGGAGCUGAAGCAGCUGGCAGCCCAAGACGGCUUCGUAUCACAGCGCGGCUUCAACGAGCGCCAGUGGUACGAGCAGGAACAUCACCGCCUGCGCACACAAGGCGAUGGCGCGGAGGCAAGCCUGAGCGAAGCGGCUGCGACGGCAGCGGCAUCCUCGUCGACUGCGGAGGCGGCACCCGAGACGGGAGAGGGGCGCGUGCUGCCGGAGCGCAUCCUCGGCGAUGACUACUUUCAGAGUAGGUUCGGUUACUCGCUGCUGAAGGGGCGGUCGCCGGAUGCGUCCACAGCGGCAGACAACGUUAAAGCCUACGCCCAACUCGACUUGUGGGGCGAGAUGCCCAGGUACAGCCGCGACUUCGUAUUUCUCUACCUGGUGUCGCGCCGCCGCAACACGUACGCCGUUGCGUACGACUACGAUGGCAAGCGGCUGCUGCCGACGUACACGGCGGGUAACCGCGGGCUGAAGGGUGGCGACCGCGGCUUCCGCGGAGACGGCUCGACGGACAACGGCCACCAAGUGACGAGCAUGUACCUGAACGACCUACUGCCAAAGAUUCGUGAGGCGCGGGCGGCGAGCGGGCGACCUCUGGGCCGUGGCGAGAAGAUCGAUCUUGUCGUUCGCGUGAUGGGCUUUUACAAUGGUCGGCAGGGCGCCGUGCGGGCGGUGCAGGAUCGCAACGCGGACUUCCGUGUUCGCUACUUGGAGGAUGUGACGCCGUUCCCGCUGAACGGGCCGAAGAUGCCGCGUGGUGUCUUCCGUUGA